UUGAGGACGUUACAUUAAAGUGGGCCUCAUUUAACAUAAAAUGUGAGUUGAUAUUAAUGAAUCUAAUCAAAUAAAAAAAAAAAAAAAACUUAUAAUGGGUCCCAAACAGAAUGCACUUAUGUGGGUCUAAAUGAAAUAGAUUCAUAUACUUUCCGCCGUACUCAGUACGGGAUGAAUUUAUUACCGCACAAAGAAAAUAGAAGUUUCUCAAGGAUUGAAGUGAAAUUAUAAAGUUUUAGUGCCCGAGGAAACGGGGACAAAUGGCGGGAUUGUUAUUAUUCCUCUGUAACACCUUCUUCUUCUUAGCGUUUCUUGACUUUCUUCAUCCAUACGAUCACGAGUCACGACACUUCUUCAUGUGCUACAUGACAGACCCAUGAGCUAAACUACCUCAACCCUCAAGCUACUCUCUCUCUCUCUCUCUUCCAAACCUUCUGUCUUUGAUAUAUUAAGAUCUCGUCCUUGGCCAAUAAUUAGCAGCAGGCCUUUUCAAACUCUCCUCUUCUUUUUAUCUCCACCUCGCCUGCGGCCUGCUCUCCCAUGGUUCCACUCUUCCAAAUAUGCCCGCACUUCCGGAAUCCCUCAUCUCCCUGCGAAGGUGGCCUGGAGUGUUACUUCAAUUCCGGAAGAACCAAUUGGGUGCAGGUGACGAUGAGGAAGAGGAGAACCCCAGCUCACACUCGGUGGAGUGCUACGCCUGCACGCAAGUGGGUGCGCCUGCCUUCCACUCAACGAGCUGCGAUCGAGCCCACACACCCGAGUGGGAGGCCUCUGCAGGGUCGUCGUUGAUUCCGAUUCAAAGCCAUUCCGAUGAUGGGGCGUCGCCGGAUCGGAAGUCGCUUCGUAAGACAGUGUCCAACAAACGGCGGACCUCGAGAUGGGUGUUCGGCCGGGUGCUGGACCCUCGUAGCAAGCGGGUGCAGAGAUGGAACCGUGCCAUCCUGCUGGCUCGAGCCAUGGCAUUGGCCAUCGAUCCUCUGUUCUUUUAUGCGCUGUCCAUCGGCCGGGGUGGGGCCCCUUGUCUCUACAUUGACGGAGGGCUGGCAGCCAUCCUGACUGUGCUCCGAACCUUUGUGGACGCGGUGCAUCUUUGCCACCUGUGGCUCCAAUUCCGACUGGCGUACGUCUCCAGAGAGUCGCUCGUGAUCGGCUGCGGGAAGCUCGUCUGGGACGCCCGUGCUAUUGCGUCUCACUACGUGCGAUCGCUCAAGGGGUUCUGGUUCGACGCCUUCGUCAUCCUUCCCGUGCCCCAGACAAUUUUCUGGUUGGUAUUGCCAAAACUGUUGAGGGAGGAGAGGAUUAAGAUGAUAAUGACAAUCGUUAUACUAGCAUUCUUAUUCCAGUUUCUCCCAAAGAUCUACCACAGCAUUUACCUUAUGAGGAAAAUGCAGAAGGUUACUGGUUAUGUGUUCGGCACCAUUUGGUGGGGUUUCGGCCUUAAUGUCAUUGCCUACUUCAUUGCUUCUCAUGUUACAGGGGGUUGCUGGUACAUCCUUGCCAUCCAACGUGUAGCGUCAUGCCUUAAACAACAUUGCCGUAGAGAUACAACGUGCAACCUGUCUUUGGCUUGCGCCAAGGAAGUCUGCUACCGGCUUCCAUUAGCAUCAACACUCAUGAAGAGCUCUUGCCAUGGCGAUUCAGCAAUUGCUAGUUUACCAGUGUGCUUAGAUAGUGAUGGGCCAUUCCCUUAUGGGAUCUAUGAAUGGGCACUCCCUGUUGUUUCUAGCAAUUCUGUUGCAGUCAAGAUCCUCUACCCCAUAUACUGGGGCUUAAUAACCCUCAGUACUAUGGGUAAUAUACUUGAACCUACCAGUGAGUGUCUAGAAGUGAUAUUCAGUAUAAUUACUGUGCUAAGUGGCUUGAUGCUCUUCACUCUAUUGAUUGGGAAUAUUCAGGUAUUUUUGCAUGCAGUCAUGGCAAGGAAGCGGAAAAUGCAGCUGAGGUGUCGAGAUAUGGAAUGGUGGAUGAAGAGGCGACAGUUGCCUUCGCGUCUGAGACAAAGGGUUCGCCAUUUCGAACGACAGAGGUGGGCAGCUAUGGGAGGAGAAGACGAGAUGGAAGUGAUCAAAGACUUACCAGAAGGACUCAGGCGGGACAUUAAACGUCAUCUUUGCUUGGAUCUCAUCAAGCAGGUGCCUUUGUUCCACAAUUUGGAUGAUCUUAUCCUGGACAACAUCUGUGACAGAGUUAGACCCCUUUUCUACUCUAAAGAUGAGAAGAUAAUCAGAGAAGGAGACCCAGUACAAAGAAUGGUAUUCAUCGUGCGUGGGCAUAUAAAGAGUAGCCAAGGCCUCAGCAAAGGCAUGGUAGCAACAUGCAUGCUGGGCCCUGGGAAUUUUCUAGGGGAUGAGCUACUUUCAUGGUGUCUCCGUCGCCCAUUUAUCGGCCGCCUCCCCGCCUCAUCGGCCACCUUCGUCUGUGUAGAGGCAACAGAAGCGUUUGGUCUAGACGCCCAUCACCUCCGAUAUAUUACCGAUCAUUUCCGUUACAAAUUUGCUAAUGACAAGCUUAAAAGGACGACAAGGUAUUAUUCAUCAAAUUGGCGGACAUGGGCUGCCGUGAACAUACAGCUUGCUUGGCGCCGAUACAUGGUGAGGACUAGAAGAUUGGUGGUUCAGCCACAAGAAAAUGGGGAUGAUCGACGCCUUCGACAAUAUGCUGCAAUUUUCAUGGCUCUCAGACCACAUGACCAUCUCGAAUAAAGCAAUAAUAAUCUUGGUGUUCCGCCCGCAACCCCUCCACCCAAUUCCACUGCUGGAGACCCAACUAUAUAUGGAGCUUCAUUGAAAAUUAAUGCAACUUGAGAAUUGGAAUAUAUAUAAUAAGAUGGUUUUCAAGGAAAUCAAAGCA